AUUCACCUUCCAUAUUUCAUUGACAAGCAGUUUUGGAACGUGUCUUGUUAUCGUUGUAGACACUGUGAAUGUAUUAUAUUGAUUUGACUUGAUCAGUGUCUUCAGCCUCCAAAGAAACCACCAACUAUCCUCCACGAUUCUUGUGUUGUUGCAUUGUUUGCAUUACGUGACUGUCACAAUGGUUCAAGAAGCCGACAUCAAGCCCUGGCUACGGCCACCACCCAAGGCCUAUCUGCUUCACAACGCGAACGUCGUUGACGUCGCUCAGGGCUCAAUCCGCGAGUCGGCAACAGUGAGAAUUCAGGAUGGCAAAAUAACUUCUAUCAACCCAGCUUCGAAUAAGUUACCAUCGCCGUCAGGGUUUGAUGUCAUUGACUGUACGGGGCAGUAUCUGAGUCCAGGCCUCAUCGACUCUCAUGUUCAUCUCAUCGCCGUUCCAGGCUUUAUGGACCUGAGCUCCGCCUUUGGUAAUCCAGAGUCUGUCAGUCUACUCCGACAACCAUAUGUCUGCUCACAGAUGCUGCACCGCGGCUUUACCACGAUACGGGAUUGUGGCGGGGCGCAUUCCGCCAUGCGAGAGGCCAUUGCGGAUGGUGUCUUCCCCGGACCGAGGCUCUUUAUUGCUGGGCAUGCACUUAGCCAAUCGGGAGGACACGCAGACUUUCGAAACAAGCACGAUCACUCAGCGUGCUGUGGUGGUGCCACGACUGGACUUGGUCGAGUUUGCAACGGUGUAGCGCAAUGCAUGCAAGCCGUGCGCGAGGAGAUCCGCACUGGAAGCGACUUCAUCAAGAUCAUGGGAUCUGGUGGAGUCAGCAGCCCGACGGACAAGAUAGACCAUCUCCAAUUCACAGGGGAGGAGAUCAGGGCUAUGGUUGAGUGCGCCCAAAAUGCGGGAACUUAUGUUACAGCACAUGCGUAUACUACAGAGGCGAUACGCCAUUGUGUGCGGAACGGAGUCAAGGGCAUUGAGCACGGCAACUUCCUGGACGAGGAGACUGCGCAGUUGAUGGUUGAAAAUGAUGUCUAUUUGACACCGACCUUGGUUACAUACGACCAGAUGUCAUCGUCUAAGUGGACAGGGUACCUGCCCCCCGAAUCGCAAUCCAAGAACACCGAGGUGCUGGACGCGGGAUUGAAAGCUUUGAAAGUGGCACACGAGAACGGAGUUAAGAUCUGCUUCGGGACGGACCUGCUUGGUCCUCUGGGAGCAGCCCAGACACACGAAUUCGCGCUUCGGGCCAAGAUCCUUCCAUCACUCGAGGUACUACGUAGUGCGACGAUCAAUCCUGCACACAUGUUGCGUCAAGAGUCCACUAUCGGCCAGAUACAGGAAGGUUUUGAUGCGGAUAUCCUGUUUCUAAAGGCUAAUCCCUUGGAAGACGUCACUAUACUGGACCAGCCGGAUCAGUAUGUCAACGGUGUUAUGAAGGAAGGUCGGAUCUAUAAGAGUAGGAUUGAUACCAUAACUGAAGAUGCAUACGUGCCAGUCAGGAUUAAACCACAACUAUAGUGCAAUUCAGAAGGAUCGCAUAGUAAAUUAAUAGCGUAACUAGUCGUUAUGAUAUGCACAAUCGCCUCAACAUACUAUUCUUGACAGAAAUUCACGUUUGAGG